AUGGUUCAAUCAUCUAUCCUCGGUUUCCCUCGUAUGGGAGCAAACCGUGAGCUGAAGAAAGCCACCGAAGCCUACUGGGGCGGCAAGCUCUCGCAAGCUGAUCUCCUCACCGAGGCCAAGAGACUGCGUCUCGAGCACUGGAAUAUCCAGAAGAAGGCCGGUGUCGAUGUCAUCCCUAGCAAUGAUUUCGCUCUCUACGACCAAGUGCUCACCCACAUCCAAGAUUUCGGCGCCGCACCACCUAGAUAUACCACCCAAAACCUCGACCCUAUCGAUGAAUACUUUGCUAUGGGUCGUGGCCACCAGAAGGGUGGUGUUGAUGUCCCCAGCUUGGAGAUGGUGAAGUGGUUCGACUCGAACUACCACUAUGUCAAGCCUACCCUGCAAGACAACCAGACCUUCAAGCUCAGUGCCAACCCCAAGGCUGUUGUUGAGUUCAUCGAGGCCAAGGAGGCUGGCAUUAUCACCAGACCUGUCCUUGUUGGCCCCGUCUCUUUCCUCGCCCUCGGCAAGCCCGAUCGUGACCAGACUGUCUCACCAAUCGAUCUUCUCGAUAAACUCCUGCCAGUAUACGAAGAGCUUCUUACCAAGCUCAAGGCUGCCGGUGCUGAGACCGUCCAAAUUGACGAGCCUACUCUCGUUUUCGACUUGCCUGCCAAGACCAAGGCUGCAUUCAAGCCAACCUAUGAAAAGCUCGCUGCUCUCGGCGACAAGAUCCCAAAGAUCGUCUUCGCCACAUACUUCGGUGACAUCGUCCACAACAUCGAUGCUCUCCCAACAGAUGUUUACGCUGUUCACGUCGAUUUGGUCCGAAACCCUGAGCAACUUGACACUGUUGUCGGUGCUUUAGGCUCAAAGACUAUUCUUUCUGCUGGUGUCGUUGAUGGACGUAACAUCUGGAAGAACAACCUCAAGCGUUCCAUUGAGACUAUCGAGAAGGCCGUCCAGAAGCUCGGCAAGGACCGUGUCAUUGUCGCUACUUCCAGCUCUCUUCUCCACACCCCACACACUCUUGCAAGCGAGAAGAAGCUUGACCCGGAAAUUGCUGAUUGGUUCUCCUUCGCUGUUGAGAAGGCAUCAGAAGUUGCUGUCAUUGCCAAGGCUGUGACUGAAGGCCCUGCUGCUGUCCGUGCUGAAUUGGAGGCUAACGCCAAAUCCAUUCAAGCUCGUGCCACCUCUAAGCGUACCAAUGACCCUAAGGUCAAGGAACGUCAAUCCAAGAUCACCCCAGACUUUUACAACCGAAAGUCCGAGUUUCCUACCAGAAUUGCCCAGCAACAGAAGAGCUUGGGUCUUCCCCUCUUCCCAACCACCACCAUUGGCUCUUUCCCCCAAACAAAGGAGAUCCGUAUCCAGCGCAACAAGUUCACCAAGGGUGAGAUCACUGCUGCAGAGUACGAGAAGUUCAUUGAAAAGGAGAUCCAAGAUGUCGUCAAGGUCCAAGAGGAGCUUGACCUUGAUGUCUUUGUUCACGGUGAGCCUGAGCGUAACGACAUGGUGCAAUACUUCGGUGAGCGCCUUGACGGUUAUGCCUUCACCACCCACGCCUGGGUCCAAUCUUAUGGUUCCCGCUGCGUUCGUCCUCCAAUCAUUGUUGGUGAUAUCUCUCGUCCUGCACCAAUGACUGUCAAGGAGUCCAAGUACGCUGUCUCUAUCUCCAAGAAGCCAAUGAAGGGUAUGUUGACUGGACCAAUCACCUGUCUCCGAUGGUCGUUCCCCCGUGACGAUGUCCACCAAUCUGUCCAGGCCGAGCAACUUGCUCUUGCCCUCCGUGAUGAGGUUAUUGACCUUGAGGCUGCUGGUGUCUUCGUCAUCCAAGUCGAUGAGCCAGCUCUUCGCGAGGGUCUUCCUCUCCGCUCUGGCAAGGAGCGUGAGGCUUACCUUGACUGGGCUGUCAAGUCUUUCCGUCUCUCUGUUGCCGGUGUCCAAGACUCUACCCAGAUUCACUCCCACUUCUGUUACUCUGAGUUCCAAGACUUCUUCCACGCCAUUGCUGCUCUUGACGCUGAUGUUCUCUCCAUUGAGAACAGCAAGUCGGAUGCUAAGCUCCUCAAGGUCUUUGUUGAUGAGGCUUACCCCCGCCACAUCGGCCCUGGUGUCUACGACAUCCACUCCCCUCGUGUUCCAUCUGAGCAGGAGAUCAAGGACAGAAUCGAAGAGAUGCUGGCAUUCCUCAAGCCAGAGCAACUCUGGAUUGAUCCUGACUGUGGUCUUAAGACUCGCCAAUGGUCUGAGACCAAGGCUGCUUUGACCAACAUGGUCAACGCUGCCAAGUUCUACCGCCAAAAGUAUGCCUCCAAAUAG